AAAACAGAGACGAGUUCUAGAUGCACUCGAGGCCAAGCCUGUUUCGUGGCCAUGGAGAUACAUCCACUAGCACUUGUGAUUUCCGCAAAUCCUGCAGACCGAGCUCAAAGACCGUGGUCACUCAGAUGUGCCAAAGAAGUACUCAGAGAAACUCGGAAGAUGUCUUGCAGUUUGUCACCACCCUUCAAAUCAUUUGGGUUGUUGUCGCUGGAUCGAGUGUUGUGGGCACACGAAUGACACGAGACAACAAGAUGAAAAGGGCACCACAUAAGGAGACGAAGACCCGAUUCACUAGUUGCACCAGAAGAAGCGAGAAUCAUGGCUGUUCAAUCAUUGCAGGAGCAUACUUAAAAAUUUCUUCUGCGUGGGUUUGAAAUUUCUCUCUCCAACAAUUCCAGGUACUUGGCAGUUACGAUAGAUGUGUAUUAAUUUUGUAGGAAUUGUCAUUAUUCACCGUCCUUCUAAUUGGUCUAGUUAAACUUCUAUUAUGUGACCAAAGAACUGCAUAUAAAGUCACAGGGUAGGACUGCAGACAGUGGCUGACAAAGGCCAAAAUCUUUGACGGAUUUUCAGCAUGCCUGUCUUGAAAGCUCUGGGGUCUAGUUACCUCUGAACUGUGCUUGCAGCAACAGUUAUGGUACUAAAUCAUAAAAAGGACACAGAUUCUGGAUGCUCUUCCAACAUGGAUUCACCAUUGGCAAUGUGCUUGAGUAAAUCCACAAGUAAAUCAUCCCCACAAGCAUAGCUGUAUAGCCUAUAUCGUGUCUGCAGUCGCCUACAUGAAGUGGAAAGAAAAUACCAAUGUAUGAUAGCCCCUGGAUUUACAGGACCAGGCAUACAUUCUAACUUUUGGAUGAAAGCAGCGUGUUGUCUUGGAUAGUCGGAUGUAUUGGCUAGAAGUUUUCUGAGGCUAAUUCGGGAAACAAAACAGUUCGCAGUAGAGAAAACCUGGAAAAUUGUCAUUUUCCAGGUCUUUCUCAGCCGAUUGAUCACCUCAAAUCGAGUCCCGCCUCCAUGUGAAUGUAAGAGAAGACCGAUCGGCAUGAUCAUUCAUGGUUCAUGCCUUUUAGUCAGAUAGCUUCGUCUAAUCAAAUGUUCAAAUCUACUGCACAUUCUAUCACAGCCUGUCGCGCUUCGUAUUCUUUUGGAAGUUCCCCUGGGUGUCCACAAUGGAGCCAUGGUGGUGAACUUCAACAACAACGAGCAGACCGAAAACUCUCAGACCGUACUCUUAGGCUUGACUUCAGGUACGAGUUACGGCGGCCAAGGUGUAACUAUGCAGCGAUCUAUUUGUCGCGAGACAUAGUGGGAUCGUGAAUUGCGAAGUAUAUUAGAACCUUGUCUGACAUGCGGUCUCCACCAUACGGACCGCUCUCCCCAAAUCGAGCCAUUCCAGUUGCAGUGUCUCAUGCCCGACAUGUACAGUAUCUAUUUACAUGCCGAAUCUGGCACAGAUGGUGUGGACAGAAUCGCUGAUGACAUAGUCUAUUUUGACGUAGAAGUGUAAGGUGUUAUUAAAUCCAAACAUUCUCGCAAGUACUGUACGUCUCACAGUGAAACUACCUUCUUUGAAUUUGAAAUUCAGUGAUGCCAAGAUUAAGGUCUAUGUGGCACUUGAUGAGCGGCGAACGCCAUGGAUUACGACCUGUUUGAUUCGAAGCGGGUGCUUUCACUGUGUACGUUACAGCACUAGCUUCUUCUGAUUGCAUUAGCAUCUUUCACUUCGUAAACACUUGUAUUGGAACACAACGACGCCUUGAGAUUCGGUUUGUUUGUAAAUUUUUACUUGAUAACCGUAACUUUAGGUUGACUUUAGGGCCUCGAAGUCACCAUGUGACCACCAGAUUCAGAGCACUUCACAUCCAACAUUUAGAGUGGACUGAGUUGACAACUAAAUUUGAGUCACUCAGUAGUUCAGAAUCAUCAAUCUCAUUGUUAUUUAUUCAUGCUGUGAAGUUUGUGAUCGGUGAGGCGGCUCCAAGCAGAGUUCUAUUUGUGGUCAUUAAGGGAGAUUAAUUUGUAGCCAAGUGUGUCAUCGAAUAUUCCUGCCAAUUUCUCUCCACGUCUGAACUUGUUCAAAUGAUUUUCAUAUUGCCGUAUAGAUGCCUUACAAUGGUGGGAUGCAGGAUAGUUCAGUUAUUGCUUAUAUUAUUAUUACAAAUACUGCACUUCACCUGAUUCGAGCGAAAAUAUCUGAACAGGUGAGAAGGCUCUCUUAACUUGCCCCGCAUAUCUUACUCAUUGUUUGUGGCGCAAAAGAAAACAGCAAAUUUCUUGACCGUCUUAGAGCAGACCUAUGCCCGUGCUCUGCAGUGCAUCCAGCAGAUUGGGUUCAAAUUGUUUUGUGAAGGAAAUUCUAUUCUAUUGUUUCAUGUUCCAGCUGCUUCCACAUGUAAAUGAGAUGAACUGGAUAGAAACUCAUGAACGUCAUUUUUUGUUUCAAAGGUCUAGAACCCUCUCUUACUCAUCUUAACAAAGGACUACCUAAGUGAACACAUUCCACGCUUUUCAUAUAUUUUUGUUCUAGUCAAUACGGAGGAAUGUCACUUCAGAUGAUGGUAGUCUGUGGUAGAAAUUCUUGAGCAAUCUUAAUCUCGUGCGGAAUUGGUCUGCCAUGGCUAUCGUGUUAAUGCUCGCUGUAACACUACCUUUUCUUUGCAGGUAGACAUAUACUUAUCAGGUCUCUGCUAUGAUUCAACCCUCUCGACCAUUCUGUCUGGAUAUGAGUGUGACCGGACAUCAUAUCAUGGUCAUGAUACGGUGAGAGGAAAAGGUAAGAGGCCAGCAAACGAUUAGCUCCUUGACACAGAAUGACUCUUCUGUUUGCUCUUGAUUGUCGUGAGCUGUGAUCAAAUGGCUUGCAUGUGGAAUCAGCAUUCAAAGUUGUACUUUGGAUUGCAGUAUUUUUUUCAUUUCAGAAUGUAGAGCGAUUUUUUCUACUCGUACAGGAGAUUGUAGGAUUGAGAUGAGAUUCAGGUUGAUUCAUGUAGAUUGAGAUUCAGGCAAACUAAACAGGACUGGAGUGUGGUCGGUGCAGCAGAGAUUGUCGAGACUGCCAGAAGUAAGCAGCGAUGGUCAAGAUAGAAUAUAACUGGAUCUUGGGAAAAUGCCUUAUUUUCACCCGCAUGGUCUCGGGAAUAAGUGUACUGAUUGCCUAACAUGCAUGCCGAGGUUAAACCAAUCAACAUUUUUCAGAUCGUUUGCUGGAGACGUGAUUAGAUUUGACAUCGAGAUGAGAAGAAAAUGUGCUAUUUCCUCACAAAUUGUUAUUAUUUUCACACAUUCUCUAAACAUCAACACAAAUCUUGAUUUUACAAUUUGCAUGAC